AUUCUUUCUCUCUCCUAUUAUAUAUAUAUAUAUAUAUAUAAUAUACAUAUACAGUUUAUCUCUCUAGAAUUCAUCUUCAUAGCUAUUGCUCUCUCUCUCUCUCUGUGAUCUCGGAGUUGCGAAGCCAUGGCGGAAUCGGUGGAGCUACCGAGUCGACUAGCAAUUCUUCCAUUCAGGAACAAGGUUUUGUUGCCUGGUGCAAUUAUUCGGAUUCGAUGCACCUCACCCAGCAGUGUGAAACUGGUGGAGCAAGAAUUAUGGCAGAGGGAAGAGAAGGGGUUAAUUGGGAUUCUGCCAGUUAGGGAUGCUGCAGAGACAACAUCAGUGGGUCCCAUGUUAUCACCAGGUGUAGGGACUGAUUCCGGGGAGGGAAGCUCGAAAAUUCAAGUUGGUACAUCAGAUCCUCACAAGCUUGAUGGGAAAAAUCAGCAAGAAAUCAUUCAUUGGCAUACCAGGGGAGUUGCAGCUCGAGCUUUACAUUUGUCAAGAGGAGUGGAGAAACCAAGUGGAAGGGUCACAUACAUAGUUGUCCUAGAAGGUCUGUGCAGAUUCAGUGUACAGGAGCUUAGCACAAGAGGAACGUAUUAUACUGCACGGGUUGCUCCUGUUGAUAUGACAAAAUCUGAGAUGGAGCAAGUUGAGCAAGACCCAGAUUUCAUAGUGUUGUCACGCCAGUUUAAAGCUACUGCUAUGGAGCUUAUCUCCCUUCUUGAGCAGAAACAAAAAACUAGUGGGAGGACAAAAGUUCUUUUGGAGACGGUUCCGGUGCACAAAUUGGCGGAUAUUUUUGUUGCUAGCUUUGAGAUGAGCUUUGAGGAGCAGCUCUCUAUGCUAGAUUCUGUUGAUGUUAAAGUUAGGCUUUCAAAAGCUACUGAGUUAGUUGACAGGCAUUUGCAGUCAAUUCGUGUAGCAGAGAAGAUUACACAAAAGGUUGAGGGACAGUUGUCAAAGACACAGAAGGAAUUUUUUCUUCGGCAGCAGAUGAGAGCUAUAAAAGAGGAGCUUGGGGACAAUGAUGAUGAUGAGGAUGAUGUGGCUGCCCUGGAAAGAAAAAUGCAAAGUGCAGCAAUGCCCCCAGAUAUUUGGAAGCAUGCACAGAGGGAAUUGAGGAGACUUAAAAAAAUGCAACCUCAGCAACCGGGAUAUAAUAGCUCUCGUGUUUACCUGGAACUUCUUGCCGAUCUACCCUGGCAAAAGGCCAAUGAAGAAUGUGAAUUGGACUUAAAGGCUGCAAGAGAGCGUCUUGACAGUGACCACUACGGUUUAGUCAAGGUCAAGCAACGGAUAAUUGAAUAUCUAGCAGUUCGCAAGCUCAAACCAGAGGCAAGAGGCCCAGUUUUGUGCUUCGUUGGCCCACCAGGUGUUGGAAAAACAUCUUUGGCAUCAUCUAUUGCUGCUGCUCUGGGAAGAAAAUUUGUACGCAUAUCCCUUGGUGGUGUUAAGGAUGAGGCUGAUAUUAGAGGGCAUAGGAGGACAUACAUUGGAAGCAUGCCAGGGCGUCUUAUUGAUGGAUUAAAGAGAGUAGCUGUUUGCAACCCAGUUAUGCUGCUGGAUGAGAUUGACAAGACAGGUUCUGAUGUUAGGGGGGAUCCAGCUUCAGCUCUACUGGAGGUUCUUGAUCCUGAACAAAACAGAACAUUCAACGAUCACUAUUUAAAUGUUCCAUUUGACCUUUCGAAGGUUGUUUUUGUGGCGACUGCAAAUAGGGUGCAACCUAUUCCUCCACCACUAUUAGACAGGAUGGAGGUCAUUGAACUGCCAGGAUAUACACCUGAAGAAAAGCUUAAAAUAGCAAUUCGACACCUCAUCCCACGAGUUCUGGAUCAGCAUGGCUUGAGUUCUGAGUUCUUUCAAAUUCCUGAGGAUAUGGUGAAACUUGUCAUUCAGAGGUAUACCAGAGAAGCUGGUGUUAGGAAUCUGGAGAGGAACUUAGCUGCGUUAGCUCGUGCAGCAGCUGUAAGAGUUGCAGAGCAAGAACAUCAUGUACCGCUCAGCAAAGAUGUGCACCGGCUUGGUUCACCGCUGCUGGAGAGUGGACUUGCUGAUGGAACUGAGGUGGAAAUGGAAGUAAUUCCAAUGGGUGUUAGCAAUCAUGAGAUAUCAAAUGCAUUCAGAGUUCUCUCGCCUUUUAUUGUGGAUGAAGCUAUGCUGGAAAAAGUAUUAGGGCCUCCAAGAUAUGAUGACAAAGAAACUGCAGAACGAGUCGCAUCUCCUGGGGUAUCCGUCGGGUUGGUUUGGACUGCUUUUGGUGGGGAAGUUCAGUUUGUCGAGGCUACAGUGAUGGCGGGAAAGGGUGAUCUUCAUCUCACUGGCCAACUUGGUGAUGUUAUUAAAGAAUCAGCUCAGAUUGCAUUAACCUGGGUUAGAGCAAGGGCAGCAGAACUUAAAUUGGCUUCAGCUGAGGGAAUUAAUCUGCUGGAGGGCCGGGACAUUCAUAUACAUUUCCCUGCUGGGGCUGUGCCUAAGGAUGGACCCUCAGCCGGUGUGACCCUCGUAACAUCACUGGUUUCGCUGUUCAGUCAGAGAAGGGUAAGAGCUGAUACAGCAAUGACUGGAGAGAUGACUCUGAGGGGUCUAGUAUUACCCGUUGGUGGUGUUAAGGAUAAGGUGUUGGCAGCUCAUCGAUAUGGUAUCAAGAGAGUUAUCCUUCCAGAAAGGAACUUGAAGGACUUAGUUGAAGUACCACCGCCUGUGCUUGCCAGUUUGGAGAUACUACCUGCUAAGCGGAUGGAAGACGUGCUGGAACAGGCUUUUGAAGGGGGUUGUCCUUGGAGACAGCACUCGAAGUUAUGACACUGCCUCAAACCGUUGUUUACCUCACAAGCAUGUUGUGAUUGAAUUUGUUUUAACUAGCCGCCAUGAGUUUAGGCGUGCUGAUUCGUGUUUACUCAGCAGCCGGAGGUGGCGAUCGGAGGAGGAUACUAAUGAAACUUCCAAAGAGUGGGAGUGCAGGGCACCCAAUCAUACACAUCUCUUGGGAUUUUGCUGGAAAUUAUUGUUAUGUAUUAUUAUUCUUUACGCUUGGCAAAGAUGUAUUUGGAUAUAUUUAUGAGGGGCAAGCAAAUACUCUCUCUGUGUCUCAUCAUCAUCAUCGUCAUCACAAUUGAUAAGCUACAGUGUAUAGUGAGUUUUUAAUUGAGCAAUGGAAUGUUUGCUGGUUGAUGCUCAA